AUGACUGCUAGCACUCACCAAUACAACUACAACCGGAGAAAUUCACACACGACACCGUAUACAGUCCCACAUAAACCUAUACUUCAACACCACAAUGCCUCGUCGGUACUGGAUCCUCUGACUUUGCAUGUGCAACCCUCGUAUCAAAACUAUACCAAUGCUCAAGCGAAUGUCCCGCAACACCCACAGCCGAGUCUGGCAGCGGCAAUACCAAAAAUCGAACAAGCAUCACCUCCAGCACCACCACCAACUCAACUGCCAGUAGGUAUACAUUCUUCUCAAUAUCCACAGCAGUAUCGACAGCAGAAUAAUGGAGCACGCAGAGACUCUCACGAUGCAACUUCAGCUAUAGCCUCAGCCACCACCACCACUACUCAUAACAGUAACGUGGUGCCGAAGUUAUCGCGAGAGUUUGUUGUGCGUAGAAUAAGCGAAGGGGAAACCGGUAGAGUCAAGGAAGAACUCCGCUGCGAGGCGUGCGGCAAAGGCUACAAACAUAUAUCGUCAUUGGCCAAACACUUAUGGGAACACACCCCCGAAUGGAACGUUACGAAAAAACUAUUAAUCUCAAAGCAUCAACAAGUUCAAUUAUUGGAAGCAGCAAGCAUCCUCGUUGGCAUGACCAAUGAAAAUGGCAACCACCAUAGCAAUGAGCCAAUGGCACAGCAGAGGAUGAUGAUGAUGAAUGCCAGGGCCCCGUCCGAACAAGCUACCGAUUUGAAUUCGCCCUUUUCGCCACAAAGCGAGCACAGUGCUGUUGCAGACAACAACUCGCUGAAUACACCUACUCCACCGGCAACCGCACCAAACACGCAGCCACGCUACGAAUCCGACCUUGGUGGCAAAAAUGAAAUGUACCAAGUGAAAACAGACCGGGAUCGAGCACACUCGGUUUCGCAUUUCCCUCCAUCUAGACCUCGAGACGACCCAAUCUCGCCUCUUUUACAAAACAACACAAUUGCAAAUGGUCAAUAUCCACAGGGACAGAACUAUGGCACUACCAUAUUACUGCAUGGCGAGCUGGGCUUAAAGUCCCCCACCAAGACUUCUUUUGAAAACAAUCAUGCAGUGGCCGGGGGGGACUUUGACGGGCCAAUCAAGACUAAAUUCCUCGUUGUUGAAGAGCCACUGACGUAUGCUAAAAAGGCGAAGAAGGCAUAA